AUGACAUCCAUGAACAAAGUAUUUUCCGGUUACUACAAGCGCAAGGCUCGUCUAGAUAACAGCGAUAACCGCUUUGCGAAGGGAAUUGCCUACGUCCAGGGAUCUUUCGUCCCGCUCGCUGACGCACGAGUCCCACUCCUCGACGAGGGUUUCAUGCAUAGCGACCUCACGUACGAUGUGCCAUCGGUCUGGGAUGGGUCCUUCUUCCGCCUCGAUGAUCAUCUCAGUCGAUUGGAAGACAGCUGUCAGAAGAUGCGACUGAAGAUCCCACUGUCCAGGGACGAGGUGAAGCAGACCCUAGGCAAGAUGGUGGCUAAGAGUGGAAUCGAAGAUGCCUUUGUGGAGCUGAUCGUCACCCGUGGCAUGAAAGGGGUCCGUGGCAAUAAGCCAGAGGAUCUCUUCGACAAUCAUCUCUACCUGAUCGUCAUGCCGUAUGUCUGGGUAAUGGAGCCCGCCAUGCAACCUACCGGGGGCAGUGCGAUCAUUGCCCGGACCGUACGGCGCACUCCCGUGGGUGCCUUCGAUCCUACCAUCAAGAAUCUCCAGUGGGGGGACUUGACACGGGGUCUAUUCGAAGCGGCUGACCGUGGCGCGGAUUACCCAUUUCUCUCCGACGGAGAUACCAAUCUCACAGAAGGAUCCGGUUUCAAUAUCGUGUUGAUUAAAGAUGGGAUUAUCUACACGCCCGACCGUGGUGUUCUGGAAGGGAUUACACGCAAGAGUGUUUUUGAUAUCGCCCAGGCCAAGGACAUCGAGGUCCGCGUUGAGGUGGUGCCACUCGAACAUGCCUAUCAUGCCGAUGAGAUAUUCAUGUGUACAACAGCUGGUGGCAUUAUGCCUAUCACGAAACUCGAUGGGAAACCGAUCCAGAAUGGAAAGGUCGGCCCCCUUACUACAACAAUAUGGGAUGAAUACUGGGCGAUGCACUAUGACCCGAGAUAUAGCUCCGCUAUUGAUUACAGGGCCCAUGACGGUAACUGA